AUGAACACAGAUGGCUGGCCUGAUUUGGAGGUAGAAGACAAGGCUCCAACGCGUCUGACAUCAAAGUACGAUAAUCUUGAUCAGCUAUCGUCUGCAUUCAAUGUAAAGCACACCACACAAUCGUAUCAAGCACAAUUUGCAUCUCUCUAUUAUCUCAGACUGGCUAAGCUUAAGAAGCUUACGCAGAAUAGAUCUAUCAACAAGUGGAACGAAAUUCCAGCGCGUGAUUUAGGUCAAUCACAAAAGCCAAAAUUCCACAGUAGAGUGUUAGACGUUGAACAGAACAAACUGUCGUAUCUUGUCGGUACUAUCUAUAUGGAUAUGAAGUUGAAACCCAACGUUUUGGAUGAUCUUGCUCGUAACCAUUGGGUGGCAGCACCUCAGCCGACAGAGAAAAUGUACAGCGAUAACGACGAAUUGUGUCUGGAGGAUGAAAGCGGUAGAAUCAAGUUGGUUGGACCAAUUAUUGCAAGAACACAACUAGUCACAGGUAUCAUCAUCGGUGUUUUGGGGAUUGAAAAGGAUCCAGGAGAAUUCACCGUGUUGGAUGUGUGUUACCCAGGAAUACCACCGCAAGCAACCAACAUAACAUCAAUGGAUAGCGAUAAAUCACCCCUAGUUGCCGUCGUCUCGGGUCUUCGACUGGGAUCGCAAGGAGCGAAUGAUGCGUUGACACGCAGAAUGCUUAUCGACUUCAUUACCGGACAACAAGGAGGAUCAACUGACCAAAGCUUGUCAUCUAGAAUCACGCGUUUGGUUAUUGCUGGUAACUGCAUGAGUCCACCUAUUGCAGAUGAAGACAAGAAACCAAAACGAUUCGGAAAAGAUCGAGCAACGUACUCAUCUUUACCUUCUACAGACUUUGAUAGAUUUUUGGUUGAAUUGUCAAAUUACGUAGACAUUGACAUUUUACCAGGACCUGACGAUCCUGCGGGUACUCUAUUGCCUCAGCAGCCCUUCCCUAAAGCCAUGUUUAAAGGUGCACAUGAUAACUUUGAGCAGGGUUCGGUGGUUUGUCAUACUAAUCCAACAUGGUUUUCGAUAGAUGAGACAAGAAUACUGGUUUCAGGUGGCCAGACGCUAGAUGACUCGUUCAAGUAUGUCAAAAGUCAUGAUAGGCUUGGUUUGGCAGUUGACAGUUUGAAAUGGCGUCAUAUUGCCCCUACGGCGCCAGAUACACUUUGGUGCUACCCGUUCACUGACAAGGAUCCCUUCAUAUUAAGUGAAUGCCCGCAUAUUUUCAUCAACGGAAAUCAGAAGGAAUUCGAAACGGAGCUAAUAGAUGGUCCAGAAGGACAGCAAGCGCGUGUGGUAAAUAUACCGCAAUUCACAGAUAAAAGCGUGAUUGCCCUCGUAAAUUUGGAUACUUUGGAUUGUGAACCAGUUACAUUCAUUCCAGACGCAGCCUUAGACGGCGAAGAGGAACCGUUGAACGGGGUUGCGAAGAAAGAGGGAAAAGAGGAAGAGGAGGACUUGAUACCAAAUGAUGAUAUCGGCGAGCUGUAA